GUCAAAUUUGACGAGCAGUGUUUUGAUUUUCGUGGACGCGGCUUUUGGCUUGCUCUUGAUUUUGUUCCUCUAGAAAUAGCAGAUACAGCAGAAUGUCGCGCAAGGAAGCGUUAUCUCAGUUCAUAAACCAAAUCCACGGGCGACCGGUAGUCGUGAAGCUCAACAGCGGCGUCGAUUACAGAGGUGUGCUGGCAUGCUUGGAUGGGUACAUGAAUAUCGCUCUGGAUCAAACGGAAGAGUACGUAAAUGGGCAGCUGAAAAACAAGUACGGCGAUGCCUUCAUCCGUGGUAAUAACGUUCUCUAUAUUUCAACGCAAAAGAGGCGGGUGUAACAGGAGGGCUCAGGAAUGAAAUAAAGCGAGAGGAUUCUUUAA